UUAUGUGCAACACAUCGAUCUGUCAUUUACUGAGAAAUAAUCAUGUAUCUCAGAAAAUGAAAAAAGUUUAUACAAAAACCAUUGCGUCAGAUAGCUAAAAAAGAAAAAGAAAUUUUGCUAUAAAAACUCGUUGGCAAGUGAUAAAUCGCAGAUCAUUCUGAACAACCAAAGAUGAACUACAAAGUAACAUUCGUGAUUGCUGUUUUGCUCGCCUGCGUCCUAACAACCUCCGGGCUUGCUCGCAGGAGACGACGAAUUGCAGCUAGAAUUGGUAGUGGAGUUGCCCAAACAGGAGGAGAAUUAAUAGCUGGACAAGCUCUUGAAUCUUCAACUGGUGGUGGCAGUUGGUCUCCAUGGACAAAAUGGAACCAGCAACGAAAAAUGGAAAAUGCUAUGAAUGACGAAAUGGAUGCUGAACUUCUCCUCAAUCUUUUGAAAGAAGAGUAAGCGUUCUUAUGCUUGGUCGCGGAAGAAUUACAAACCGCGUAUUACCGUGAUAAAUUCCGGAAAUAAAUAAACACAAAAACAAAA